AUGGCUUUCUAUAAGCAUUUCUCAGUUGUCCUCUAUGCCUUUGUGUUUGCAACUUUUGCAACAACAGCAUUUUCAUCACUGUCACCUGAUUACUAUGACUACUCGUGCCCUAACGCUUUGAGCACCAUCAGAAGUGUUGUAGAGGCUGCGGUGCAGAAAGAGAAACGUAUGGGAGCUUCUCUACUGCGCUUGCACUUCCAUGAUUGCUUUGUUAAUGGUUGUGAUGGUUCAAUUCUACUAGACCCUUCACCCACCAUUGACAGUGAAAAGAAUGCACGGCCAAAUUUUAAGUCUGCAAGAGGAUUCGAAGUGGUGGACGAGAUCAAGCAAGCUGUAGAAGCAGCAUGUGGAAAACCAGUUGUUUCUUGUGCAGACAUAUUGGCUGUUGCCGCUCGUGACUCUGUCGUUGCACUAGGGGGCCCAACAUGGGAAGUGAGACUCGGGAGAAGAGACUCUACCACAGCAAGCCGUGAGGCAGCAGAUGCAAACAUUCCAGCACCAUUUUUCAGUCUUUCUGAACUCAUAAACAACUUCAAGAGCCACGGCCUUAACGAUAAGGACCUUGUUGUUCUCUCUGGAGGCCACGCAAUUGGAUUUGCAAGUUGUGCUACCUUUAGGGACCAUAUCUACAAUGACUCCAAUAUCAAUCACCGUUUUGCUAAAGAACUUAAGUACAUUUGCCCUAAAGAAGGAGGAGACUCCAACCUUGCUCCUUUGGACCACACAGCAGCGCAAUUUGAUUCAGCCUACUUCUCUGAUUUGGUUCACAAGAAAGGGAUUCUUCACUCCGAUCAAGAACUCUUCAAUGGUGGUUCUACUGAUGCAUUGGUUAAAAGAUAUAGCCAAAAUUCCUUGGCUUUCCACAAGGACUUUGCUAAAUCUAUGAUUAAGAUGGGAAACAUAAAGCCUCUUACUGGAAAUAAAGGGGAAAUUCGUUUGGACUGCAGGAAAGUGAACUAA